ACCGAGAGGGUGAAGCUCUUGAACAGAUCAGUUCUGAUGAGCUUUGGUUAAUUACAGCUUGAUUUUGCUAUGCUUUCUUCUUCAACGAUCUCUCUAUUCACUAAAUUAUCGAUCCGUACGGUUGUCUGCUUGUUUUUCAGUGAUAUAGCAAAUGUUAUUUAGCUUAUAUUAACGGAGGCUUAAUUAAAACGGAACCAAAAAAAAAUUUUUUAAAUACAUAAACAUUUACACAAAAUUUGACUUUUUAAAAAAAAGGAAAGGAGAAAUAAAAAAAAACCUCAAGAAAAGGGAAACUGAAAAAAACUGGACAUUUUAUUAAAUUUGUGACAUUAAUUAUAAUUGUAAUUAACUACUGGUUAAUUACAACAGCAACGAAAUCAAACGAGAAGAAAUACAAGGAAGUCCAAACUAUCUGAAAAACUUCUUUGUGAGCGAACCCGGAAUCAUGAGCGACCGAAACAUUCAAUUCAAGGCCAGCAUGGUGGGGAUGUGGCUGGACAUGGAAAUCCCCGUGGUGCUGGAGCAGAUCUCCAACCUGCUGCAGCUGAAGAACUUCCAGAAGGUCAAAGUGCAGCUGAGCCGUCAGGGCCUGAAACUCACCAAAAAGGGCAAGCUGCCAGGGUUGAGCUCCGAAGACCUGAUCCCCUUACAAAACAUCGAAGAUAUCUUUGUUGACGACAGCAUACCGACCUGUUUCAUAUGCAUAACCACUGCAUGUUCCAGUUCACCGACGCAAAUCAUGGCUUUGAAAUGCCUCAAUGAGAUUUGUGCUAAAGGAAUCGUCACCCAUUACAAGAUAUUAACUGGCGACAAGAAAAGACUUGUCCAGUCCUUAAGAAAUGCUCAGCUUGCUUCUUUGGGUGCCAGCCAAACAUCCAAUAAUUCCACGAACUCAGACUCCAGUGAGGGGAACAACGACUUGAGCGAUGGCGUUGGCAGCAACACUGAAUCGGGUUACACCACCGACCAUGAAUUGUGUGAGAAAGAAACGGACAGCGAUUCCAAACCGGAAAAUAACUUGGUUUUAUCUGGCCUUAGUCUCAAAGACAACCUGUCAAGAAACAAUAAACAAGACAUCAAGAUUCUGAUGCGCAACGUGUCCAAUUUAAGGUACCUCCUUCAGAAACAUGCUGCUACCAUCAGCCGCAAAGAAUUCUUGGAUGCCAAUAAGAAAAUCCAACAGCUUAAUGAGGAAAUGAAGAAAAAGACUCGGAAAUCUAAGAAUUCUGAAAGCGAUGGGAGUAAAUCUAAGAAAGGCAACAGCAAUGGUGCCAGCAGCAGCAGUAGCGGCGUCAGCAGUGAAAAUAGCAACAACAGCAGCAGCAGCAGCACCAACAGCGAUGACAAUAGUGAUAGUCAGAUGUCUAAAGACUCCAUCUAUACUCAAAUAAGCAAACGAAAGAGCAGCCAAGCCAACAAAAUAACCGAUGCCCUCAUCAGCAAUGGAGCAGUGAACCUUCCCCGAGUGUCGUCAAACAGCAGCAUGGAAUCGUUUCAUGCAAUCAGCGCCAAAAGACAAAUAAGCAAAGAGCUAAAGUGUAGCAUAAUUGAUAAUGAAGACACAGAAGGUGAGUUCCAGGCCGAAAUUGAAUUUUUGGAUGAAAACGAUGACGUGUUUUACACAAAUCAGUUGGGUUCUAAAUUGAGGGGUCCUAUGAUCCCUGGUGUCACGGUGGUUUCGAUACCGGAUUCGACCAAUAGAGCAAGAAAGAAGUCUAACAUGAAGAGAGACUCCGAGAAAGUUUUGUCACCCGGGCGACAAGUUCGGUUCAGCGAACCAACAACGGCACUUGCUGUGGCAUCGACGCCGACACCUUCAGAGCAAUCUUACUCUGGAACCAUGGAGAUUCCAGUGCGACGCCAUUUCUUUUACCAGAAACCAAGCUACCAGCAAGACUGGACACCAACGGCGCGCAGUGACAUCGUUCGAAGGUCAAACUUGAAAACUCAUGUUCUCAAACCAAUCGAACGUGUUUAUCCGAACCCGACCUACCGGACGUAUGCCCCGUCAAAUGAUUUUCGUCCAAAACUAAACUCAGAGCUUUAUUACCAAUAUGAGCCCAGCUUUGUAGACACUUAUUAGUACCCGCAAUUCCAUUGGAGCAUCAAGUUGAAGCAACAAAUGUAUAUAUGUAUGUACAGGCAUACAACACUGAAAAUAAAACACAAUACAAUACACAGUCAAAAGAAAUACUAACUCUGAGAGGUUUUUGGUGAGAGAGGUCUUCUCUUGUUCCAUCAUCAAAACUAUUUUCAUGGGAAAUUAAAAAUAACUUCAACACCAUGAAUCCUAGCACUGCCGAUAUCUCUACCUCCAGAUCUUCACAAAAAAUAAACAAACCAUAAUGCUUUCUAAUGAACUGGAAUGAAAGAAAGACUUAUGAAAAGAAAUAUAUUGAUAAUUGACCAGUUUCGUAUUGGUUGCUAAUUAAUGAUAAUUAAACUGGUUUUGGUCAUAAUGGCGAAGAAAGUUUUGAGACCUUUGACUGUUGAUAGCAUAACAGAAAAUAGGUUCUUGUUGUUACUAACCGUGUCCAUGGUUCAUAGCUGAUUACAAAAAGGUAAAAAGAGGAAACGUGUUGCUAACAGGACAAAGUGGGCCUCUAAGUGUUGACCACAAAGAAGAAAAUAAGUAUGGUGUUGUUGCUUUCUCAGAACAUGAAGACAUCGUUUGAGCCAAUCAUGAAGAACAAUGUCAACAUCAAAAAUUGUUGCAGCAAUUAAUUGUUGCUAAUCUGGCAGAGCACCUUUCUUCCAAACUUCACUGCAAAUCACUGAACUGAGAAACACAAGGUUCAGUCCUUUGUAAUGGCACCGCAUCAAUGCACCCAUCAUGGGACACUAAAGAUUUUGUGUUUCCUCAACCGAAACAACAAUAUCCUACAUACAAGGAACAAACAACAAAAAUAACAUGUUUACUAGUAAAACUAUACAUAUCACUAAAUUAUUACAAUUAAGCAUAAACCAAUGAAAAACAUGGACACAUGCUGCUAACGAAUGCUGUUAACUAAUUACCGCGUUUAAUAGUAUAUAAAACAUACUUUAUUUUCUGGAAAAGUGUCUCAAACAAUCAUCCAUCCUGGGUCCUAUUAUCAAAGUAGGGACUAUAUCACCUGCUUUUAUGAAUUAAAAAAAAUGUUCUUUUCAAAAUGCUCUGUUGAAAUCAGGGUACGUCUAAUAUACCUGUGCUAUCAAAUGUGGCAGGUGAUUAUGUCAAGUUUAUUAAGAACUGAAGGACUUCUAAGAGCUGGUGGUACUUAGGUUCAAAACUGAAGGCAGCAAAAGACUAUUGGAAGUGAAAUCUUCUGAUGAAAUGGUUAUUGUUCCCAUGAGUUGGAUGAACUGAAGAAAUGUAAAAUAAAUGUUGUCCCAGAAAGGCAUUGAAUUUCCUGUGGAUGAUUUGAACCUUUAAUGCAUGAAUAAUGUUAACAUACAAGAUAAAAAUGGAAGAAUGGUUCUGGUUGUUAUAAAUAAACAGAAAAAUAGGAUUGUUGUUGUUAUUGUUGUUGUUGAUAACAAAGAAGACAGCACAUACGUUAUUUCAAUAACACAUUAAAUGCGCGCUUAAUAAUUGAAGAAUGGUAAUUAAGUUUGUUGUUAAUAACAAACUACGAGUGAUUGUUCAUUUUCUUUUUUUAUCAAAAAUUAAAAAAAGUAAAGGACAAAGACAGAGUCAAAGGAGUCAACCCCGGAAAAAUUUGAAGUUGGAAGAGUCUGUUGUCGAGUCUGAGUCUGAUUAAAUCUAAACAGAAAGAAAUGUGAUGCAAGGUUGAUUUUAAAAAGAAACAAAAAAAAAAUCAUUUCCUUCGUCCCUGCCCCUUGAAAACAAAAACCCUCCAAUAAUGUAAGUCUUCCACAUCUGUUCCAACUGAAAAUUGUAAUUUAAUUUAACAGAACACAACACUUCCCAGUGGCCGUCAGAAACUAUACCCGACACGGAAAGAAGAUCACAAACAGCUGACUUCGUCAACCAAAAGUUACUGCAGCCAAGCUUCAGAGGAGUUUCAACAAUGCGAGGAAGGACCGACAGAGUGUUAUGUCGAAAGUCAGAAACUAUACCCGACACUGAAAGAAGAUCACAAACAGCUGACUUCGUCAACCAAAAGUUACUGCAGCCAAGCUUCAGAGGAGUCUCAACAAUGCGAGGAAGGACCGAUGGAGUGUUAUGUCGAAAGUACACAGUUGUAGUUUCCCAUAUGACAUGCUGUUGUUAGUCAUGUUAGUAUUCAUUGUACUAGACAUGGGUGUUGACAGAGUGUCAUACAUGUUGUGGCAUCAUGUGAUGGUAAUGUGACAUUUCAUGAUAAUUGACAUAAUUAUUACGUGACAGUGUAUUGACAAAGAACUACGUUUAUUGUUGCACUUGACAUGAAAAUGACAAACUACAACACGACGGGAUUUUGACAUGAUAUCAUAUUGACAAAAACAUUACAUGUUAACCAUUUAGCAUUCAGAUUAUUACUGUCAAAUGUGGUGUUUAUUCACAUUAUUUUGAAUUAAUCAUGCAUCAUCUCAUAGCUUUGAGAUUUUGAUGAUGUAAUUGUUUAUUUUUAGAAUGACAUUUUAGGUUAGGUUUGAGAAACAAGAUCUAGCUGGUUUAAAUAUAAAACAGACAGGAUAUCUUGUCCAAAAAUAGCCAGAUUAGAUAUUAAAGAGUUAAAUGACAACAUGAUGUUGACAUAAAAUUUUCAAUGAAAUUAUGUUGACAUGUUUCAAAUGACAUGGUAUUGACAUCAUGUGAUGGUUAUGUCAAUGCACUAUGUGGAAUUGACAUGAAAUUAUAUCACAUGGUAUCGGCAUAACAUUACAUUACAUGAUAUCAAUAAGCAUUGACAUCAAUAGUAACGGCAUGACAUGCUGUCAACAUUACAUGAUGUAGUAUUGACAUAAUGUUACAUGACAUAAUUUUGACAUGACAUUGACAUGGUAUUACAUAGACCCAGCAUUACAUAACAUAACAUUCCUGUCACAUGAUAUUGAUGCAAAAUCACAUGACAUGGUGUUAUAAUUCAGAAGCUAACAUCUUGAAAAUAUUUCGGCUAUUCAUAACAUGCAAUUAUCCCUAAUUAGCAUUUAGCACCAAACUCAUUAGAGCUUUGUAUGUCAAUGAAAAAUCCAGCAUUUCACAUCGGUGCUCCACUAGCUCAUACCUUUCAGCCUUCUUCAUUUCGACGAAAGUACUGACAAGAUACAAUUCAAGAUCAAUAUUUGAAGAAGAAGACAUGUGUAACUGGUUGAAUUGAGCCCCCCAUGUAUAACUGGUACUCACUCUGUCUUUAUUUUUAUGGAGAAACAAAAGCAAAGUUAACUUUGGUGAGAUUUAAACUAAACUAAAAAAAAUAAGAGGGCAGAACCGUGUUUUGGCCAACUGACUGUCAUCAUUGCACCAUAAAUAUUAACAAAUCACUGAUGAAGAGGAAACCAAUCAAUUCACUUACUAAAGAAAUCAUUAUUAUUAUCAUUAACGAUAAUAAAAAUAAUCAGACAACAACAAUAUCAACAAUAUAACAAUAAUAACAAUAAAAACACCAAUAAUAA